AUGAAACAGCGCCGAGAUCAAAUUUUUUACAUGUGUAAAGUCAACAACAACUUUAUAAUUGAUGCAACAUUCAGAGGAAAUGACUGUCGCUUUUUUAACCACAGCUGCAGACCUAACUGUCGGUUGGAGAAUUGGCAAGUUAACGGCAAGACAAGGCUAGGUGUGUUUUCUUUACAGGGUAUACGAGUGGGUGAGCCCUUGACCUACAAUUACAGGUACAUGAGAGACUCAAUCAGCCUAGCACUUUGUAUACCGUUCUUCCGUGAUGUACACUCACAUUGA